AUGUCUACCGCCACAGGAUCGAAACCUGUCCACGACUGGAGCGCGGCGCAGUACCUCAAAUUUGAAGAUGAGCGAACACAACCAGCUCGCGACCUCCUCGCCCGUGUCCCUCUCCAAGCUCCUAAAAGAGUGGUCGAUCUUGGCUGUGGACCGGGUAACUCGACCGCGGUAUUGGAGUCCCGCUACCCCAAAGCGCACCUCGUGGGGAUGGACUCAUCCCCGGACAUGAUCCGCAAAGCCAAAAAGGCCCUUCCACACCACGAGUUUACUGUUGAGGAUUUGCAUUCCUACUCGCCAGAAGGAUCUGUCGAUCUAUUCUUCUCCAACGCUGUCUUCCAAUGGCUCGGUAAAGACGAGCGAUUCAGUAUUGUCAAGAAGCUGAUGGAGACUCAACCUUCCGGAGGCGUAUUCGCUCUGCAAGUCCCCGAUAACCUCACGGAACCAUCUCAUGUUCUUAUGCGCGAGACUGCUGAGAAUGGUCCUUGGGCCGCGGCUCUGAAGAAUGUCGGUCGUGAUACUUUCCACACACCACAGGAGAUUUAUGACCUCCUCAAGCCAGUCUGCUCGAAGGUUGACAUUUUCCAUACCACUUACUAUCAUAAUCUUGAGAACCAUGCGGCUAUUAUUGAAUGGGUCAAGGGAACUGGAUUGAGACCUUACGUGGAUCCAUUGUCCCCCGAGGAGAAAGAGGACUUUUUGCAAGAGUACCUGAAGCGCUUAGAGGAAGCUUACCCAUCGACAUAUGAUGGCCGGGUAUUACUUCCUUACCCCCGGCUCUUCGUUGUUGCAGUGAAGAAAUAA